AUGUUGAUAUCACUCCAAAAUGAAUGUGGGACAGUUUCACUUGCGAAAGAGUAUGAUGGAUUUCAGCUGGAAGGUGAGCUGUGCAAGUCUUAUUGUCUGAAGAAGCAGGUAGUGUCAUUUAUAUGGGCUGUUUGCAGGAGUAUCAUUCCUCAGGAUUUACUUGGAACUACUUCUAAUUGGAGAAUUUUAAGGAAGCACAUCUCCAGGUUUGUUCACCUUCGAAGAUUUGAGAGAUUCUCUCUAAAGCAAUGUAUGCAUAAAUUGAAAAUAUCAGGGUUCCCUUUACUAUCAAAUAAGCACUCUUCAUGCAAUUCGGGCAAUCAUGUGAUGAGACAAGCAAAAGGACAGAGUGCAAAUACGUAUGACGGAUGGAGCAGUAUCAGUUUUUCUUCAGAUACUAUGAAGCAUAAGGUUUUAGAAAGCUGGAUCUUUUGGUUCUUUUCAAGUCUAGUAGUGCCAUUGGUGCAAGCAAACUUUUAUGUCACUGAAAGUGAGCAUGGGAAACAAGAGGUUUUUUACUAUCGGAAGUCAAUUUGGGAGAAGUUGAUGAGCCGAGCCAUCACUUGCUUGAAAAAUCAGAGCUAUUGUUUACUAGAUGGUGAAUCUCUUAGAAAAAUUAUUGGCAAAAGAUCAUUUGGUUUCUCGAGAGUCAGAUUUCGUCCAAAAGAAAAUGGGGUAAGGGCACUAGCAAAUCUCAAAGCAUCAUCAAGAAUACCGGCAAAGCAACCCUCUUUUAGAGUUCAAUCUUGUGGGCUGCAAGGAAAAGUUUCCUUGCAUCCAAAAAGUGUUAAAUAUGACAAUUUUAGGUCUGUGAAUGGCGUACUUCGCGAUUUGCAUGUUGUCCUAAAAGGUAUACAAUUGAAAGAACCAGAGAAGUUAGGUUCAUCAGUAUUCGACUAUAAUGAUGUCUUUAGAAAGCUGCACCCUUUCUUAUCGGUUUUGAAGAGCAGAUCGGGCACCAUGCCUGGUGUUUUCAUUGUCGUCUCUGAUGUAUCAAAAGCUUUUGACUCUAUUAAUCAGGAUAAGCUGCUUACUGUGAUGAAAGAUGUGGCACUGAAAGAUGGAUAUCUUCUUAAAAAGUCUCAUCAAGUUGUCUGUGCUGAAAAAUCUUUAUGGGUUCAUCAGAAUCUAAUAUUAGGGCAUCAAGAUAUUAGCACUGGGCUUUCAAAUUUGACAUCUGCUAUUCCUGCUCAUUCACGGCAUAGCAUCCUUGUUGAUCAGGAGUGGAGCAGAACUAUUAGGAAGGAAGAGAUCCACUUCUAUUUACGUGAGCAUGUGAAGGGCAAUGUCCUGCAAGUAGAUAAAAAAUUUUACUUGCAAAGCGUUGGUAUACCCCAAGGAAGUGUUUUGUCUUCUCUGCUUUGCUCACUUUACUAUGGACAUCUGGAUAAGAAUGUCAUCUUUCCAUUUCUUGAGAAGUCUUGUGGAUCUGCUGCCGCUGAAGAUUUAUCAGGGAGACCUAAUCGUCAUGAUUGUUUUUCUGCAUUGGACAGUGGUGAGGAUGAAAUCAUGUCAUCAGCCCCUAAAUAUAUGCUGCUUAGGUUUAUUGAUGACUUGCUUUUUAUAUCGACCUCAAAAAAGCAGGCUGCGUCCUUCUUCUCAAGGUUACAAAGAGGAUUCCGCGAAUACAACUGCUACAUGAAUCAGGAAAAGUUUGGCCUGAAUUUUGAUAUUGAGCAGAUAUCAGGGGAUACAAGAAAAAGGGUAUAUGUGGUUGAAGACGGCAACUCGUUUCUUCGAUGGAGUGGUUUGUUUAUCAACUGCUGUACUUUAGAAGUUCAGGCGGACUACACAAGGUUUCCUUCAUUGUUUUGA